AUGCCCCGUCGACCUCCGUCGUUGGAAUCCGUGGGUUCUGUGGGCUCCCCCAUUGACCCGAAGCUUAGGAAAAAGGUCGCCGUCGUCGGCAGUGGAUGUGCCGGCAUUGCUGCCCUCUGGGCGUUGAAUCGAAGCUAUCAUGAUGUCUACAUGUAUGAGGCCGCGUCAAGGCUCGGCGGACACACGAAUACCGUAACUUGGAAGAAUGGAAAGUAUGAGACGAGGGUCGACACAGGAUUCAUCGUCCUCAACGCGGCGACGUACCCAAACUUCAUCAACUUUCUGAAGAGGGUCAAGGUGGAUACGGUCCCGACGGAGAUGACGUUCGGUGUAACGCGAGAUCACGGCUUAUUCGAAUGGGCCGGCACGAGCUUGGACGCCCUCUUUUCCCAGCGCAAGAACAUCUUUUCGCUGCGCAUGUGGAGGAUGAUCUUCGACAUUAUCCGCUUCAAUCAGUUCGCCCUGGACUUGUUGAUGGCCGAUGAUGAGAAUGAUGCCGCCGCGAUGAAUGGGUACAGCAAGGGAGCAAGGCGGGAGGAGACGAUUGGCGAAUACCUCGACAGGGAAGGCUACUCGGACGCCUUCAGGGACGACUACCUUAUUCCCAUGACCGCUGCGGUGUGGAGCACGAGCCCGGACAAGUGCACACUCGAUUUCCCAGCUGUCACCCUCGUUCGUUUCAUGUGGAAUCACCAUCUCCUGUCAACCAUUUCGACCAGACCGCAGUGGCUGACCCUGAAGAAGUGUGGAAAGUCAUACAUCGACGCCGUGAUGCACGGAUUCCCUUCAAACCACCUCUUCCUUAACACGCAAGUCACCCAGGUCACGAGUGAGGAGGACGGCAGAGUACGAGUCCACACCCACAACGGAAAGUCCGAUGUAUACGACCAUGUCAUAUUGGCAACUCAUGGAGACCAGGCCCUCAGGAUAAUUGGAUCAUCCGCAACGCCAGAGGAGAAGGAGAUUCUGUCUGCGUUCAAGACGUCAGAGAACUCAGUCGUGCUGCACUCCGACCUCUCACACAUGCCAGCCUCAGAGAAGGCCUGGUCGAGCUGGAACUACCUCACUCUCUCAUCACCCUCAACUGGGAAGCAGAACAUUGACCAGGUCUCCUUGACGUACAACAUGAAUAUUCUGCAGCAUAUCCCUCGCGAGACCUUCGGCGAUGUCCUCGUCACGAUGAACCCCCUGCACCAGCCGAACCCGGACACGAUCCAGGGCUCUUUCACUUACCGCCACCCCCUCUACACCCCGGAGGCCGUUCGCGCACAGAAGCUAUUGCCACGCAUUCAGAACAAGCGUGGAAUCAGUUACGCCGGAGCAUGGACGAAGUACGGCUUUCAUGAGGACGGCUUCAGCAGCGGUCUGCACAUUGCACAGGAUCACCUCUACGCGAAGCUGCCGUUCCAGUUUGUCGAUUCCACGUACAGCCGAGGGAGGAAGCCCUCACUGGGACUUGCUGAUUUGUUUGUGAGACUCAUCAUUCUGAUAAUUCAGGUGUUUGUUGUGAGAGUGUUGGAGAGAGCCAUUGGCGCAGCGAUGAGGGUCGUUACUCCGCGCUGGGGUGGCCAACCCAUCCGUGCCCACGGCCCCGAUGUCGACUACAGCGAAGACGGCCUCGCCUCGCGCCUGGUCCCCGUGACCUCGGCCAACCGCAUCCGCGUCACAUUCAGCUCCUCCGUCUCCGACGUGCUUCCUUGGAAGUUCAUGCCGCAGCAGAGAGAGGUACGCGUGCUCCCCGGCGAGACGGCGCUGGCGUUUUACACGGCGACGAACACCUCCGACACGGACAUCAUCGGCGUGGCGACUUACAGCGUGACUCCUGGGCAGGUGGCGCCGUACUUUAGCAAGAUCCAAUGCUUUUGUUUUGAAGAGCAGCGGUUGAAUGCGGGCGAGACAGUCGACAUGCCCGUGUUUUUCUACCUUGAUCCGGAUAUCGUGAACGACGUCAACAUGCGCGGUAUCGAGACUGUGACGUUGAAUUAUACAUUCUUCAAGGCCAAGUACGACGACAAUGGCAGGUUCAAGGCACCUGUGCCGAUUGAGCAGAAGUAA